AUGGGAUGCGGGACGGCGGCGAUUAAGCAAAUCACGCAGGAUGCUUUCAAGACAUCUCAAGAGGCCAUCACCAAUCUCCAACAGGUCGUACGCCUGGUCACAUAUUCGGAUGCGAGCGAGGAAUCGUUUAAAGAGGUCGCUAUUAACUGUGGACUGCCGUUAACCAUCAUCCCUUCCCGCGACAUCGUUGAUAGAUGGGAUUCUACUUAUUCAAUGAUCUCAGAUGCUCUCAAUUUCCAACGGGCCUUCGAGCAUCUUCAAGCUACUAAACCUGAAUAUCUUGACGGCCCAACUGCAACAGAAUGGCUACAUCUUAAAACCAUCAAAGAUGCACUUGAGGUAUUUCAUGAUGCUGCCGGCAGCUUAUCCAGCACUGAUUCACCGAGCGCAAACAGGUCUUAUCUGAGUAUGAAGAAGAUUGAAAGUUACCUGAGUAAACCAGAACACUAUGAAAACAAUCACUCAAUCAACAUCAUCUCUCCCAUGGCUAACGCUUUUGAGAAGUAUUGGGGUACAAUUCAAGAGUUCUCAGAGAUUGCUUCAAUCUUGGACCCCCAUCUGAAACUUCAUUAUCUUGAAUUCUCCUUGGUCAAACAACAUGGAGCCACAGUGAUUCAAGAAAAACUGGCAAUAGCAAAAAACCGCAAUUUUAUCAGUGUAGGCGGCAAAGGGGCAAAGCUGGCUGACCAAGGACAAGCGACAACAAGACCGGAGGCGGCCCCAAAGCGCAGCUACUCGGACGCACUCCUCAAUCGCCACACCCACCACCCCGCUAUUUGCAUUGACCCACACAAACUGUCUGGCCCCCCUCCCAGCGCUAAAAACUUACCCCUCAUCUCCACCCGCCAUUCAGACCUAGACCUCGACUCCUUGUUCUGA